AGAGAUGAACAACCGAUAGAGGAAGGCUUAUAAAGGGUUCGUCUUCACCGGGUACUUCCAGUCUGUGCCGGAUAGACACCGGGAUCUAAUCGUGGGUCUUGCAGUGCUUAGUUAGUUAGUUAGUUAGUUAAGUGUUUCAAGUGCAAGUGGAAAGAGUGCUAAGAUGGGAAGACUAUCGUCGGUAAUUCUCCUGCUAGCAGCUUUCGGCGGCAUUCGAUCGGCCCCGACGACCACGAUCAUUCACCAGCCGGCAACUCAGUACUAUCUGCUGCAGCCUCAAUCGGCGGCCACCGUUAAGAUUCAGCAGCAUCUGAUCCAACCGAUUCAGCACCUGAAGCUGGAACCGAAACAGGAACUGAUCUACUACUAUCCCUCGAUUCCGUUGAGUAGCAGCGUCCAGCUACAGCAUCACGAGAAGCCCAUCCGGUUGGUUUCGUUGAAGCAGCAGGAACCAAACUGGUUCGACCAAUUCCUCAACUUCUUCCAGCCAACGUCGACGGAAAAACCGGCCGCGGAAUCGCCCACCGAGGCACCUGGCCAAGCUCCAAUAUCGGAGACAAGUGAGGCCGCUCCCAUGAAUGAAGCUGAUUCUACUACUCCUGCUGCGAUGAGUGAGGAGAUGAUGAAGAUGAUGAUGAUGCAGAAGCAGCAGAUGUUCAUGAGUCCAGCCGAUGUUGAACGGCUUCCAACGAAGGCCGGCGUUCAAUCAAUCCCGAAUCGCUACUACAUCUUGACCGGAACCCCCCAGUUCUAUGGCAACUUCGAUGCCCUGCAGAACCCUCUGAGUCCAAUCUUCAGCCUCCAACCGCUGCAAGCCAUCCAUGCCCGUAACCCUAGCUCGGACAUCCUGGCUGCCGAGGACGACCAGCAGCGAUUCCAGCCUCAGAUUGUAUCCUCUCUGGCCCCGAUUGCUCCCGUUCCGGCUCCAGUGCCAGCCCAGCUAAAGAACGACCUGCUCGAAUCGCACCCGGACAAGGUGGACCGGACCUGGGGUCGCUCGUUGGCCGAAGACGACGAACCGGAACCGGAACAGGAACAACAGAACGAGCAGCCCCAAAUUCAGCGACGAGCUGACGAAGAGGAGCUGCCCAUGAUCGAAGAUGAGGAGGAGGACAAACCUCAGCAGCAGCAACAGGAACAGGAGAAGGCCACCGGAAGGCAAUCCGAUGAUCCAUCUGUGGCGGCCGUCAAACCAGCAGGAAUUGCCAUCGCCGGAAAGGGUGGAUUAGCUGCGUCCUCACCCACUGGAACUGCCAUCACCGGUGCCAAUGGGCUGGCCCUGGCGAAUCCAUCGGCCACUUCCGUUGCCGGAAACUUUUUCGAUGACGAUAUCAAAGCUUAAAAGCUUGGAAAAUUUCAUGCAUGACAACACGACUGACGAAAUGCCAUAAACUUUGACAACAUCAAAAAAAUCGACGGAAAUUAUUUCUAGUGAUAAAAGUUAAGCAAACUCAAUGAGUUUGCCUCGAAAGUUGAGAUAUCGCGUAUCUCGACGAUGAGAGCUAUUGAAAAUCUCGACAAUGGUGCUGGUAGAAAAAGCUUAAACGAAAUGAUUGGUUGAAUGUAAUGAAAAACGAACCAACAUUUCGUUAUUCUUGGAAAAACGAAAUCUAAACGUGAAAGGAUAUUUUCGUAUACGUAGUAAAACGGGACUAUUUUUGGCACAUUAGUGGUUCUACUCGUGCCACGUAAUGGCAGCCAAAAGGUUCACAAACUGGACUGAGUCAUCCCACCUCUUAGAGAGCGUUGAGGAUGCCAAAUUUUUAUUUAUACACACGAUAGAUAAGUGGGGCAGGUGGAAUCGAGCUUGAGAUUAAAAUGUUUGAAAGUUAAGAAUAGGAAUCAUUUGUUAGAAAGAAGAAUUCUAAAUUAACACAAAUCACGCGUAUUUAUCCGAAAUCGAAUGAGACUUUAGCUUUAAGGAACACUCAUCAUGCCAUCAUAUUUCAUCGCUACUAAAAUUAAGUGGAUCUUUUUUGGACUAGCGGCUUUCAGUUAGCAAACAUUGUGGCUUCAAAUUAAAAUAAAGACAGUCGAAAAAAGAUCUACUGCUCUUGGAACGAUCAUUGCAUAUCAUCACUACAAAAAUGUGUGAAAAAAAUAACGCAAAAAAAAGAAAUAAAAAAAUCGAACAUA